AUGGGCAUGGAGAACCAUUUGUCCAACCCUACUCUGCUGCAAGAGUUGGUUGGAAAGCUCCCAGCAGGAAUUAAGCUGGAUUGGGCACUUUAUCAACGACAAAUUCCUUACGCGGACCUGCGCGCUUUCAGUGACUACAUGUCUACAAUUGCUUCAGCUGCUAGCAACGUAACGUUCAGCACCGAGGUCAUCCAGAAACAGGAGAAGUCGAAGAGCAAAGAAAAGGGCUACGUCAACGCACAUGCGGAAGACAUCCGAAAGAACGCAGAUCAGGAGAAUCGGAAGUCGGGUGAGAUUAGCAAGGAGAAACAGCCGUAUCAACCCAAACCGUGCUCCGUGUGUCAAAAGCUUGGUCAUAAUAUUAGAGACUGCAAUGUCUUCAAGAGUCGCAACAUCGAAGAACGGUGGAAGCUGGUCCAGCAGUUACAUCUCUGCAGACGAUGCUUGAUUUCCCAUGGAAAGUGGCCGUGCAAGGUGUCAGGGUGCGGUAUACAAGGAUGCGAGCUUCGACACCAUACUUUGCUACACCCAGGGCAACCUGAGGGCACAUCUGGAACAUCUGCACCUGCAACCGGAAAUGUGAAUGUCCAUCGACAAAAGCCACGGUCUACUCUUUUCCGCAUCCUACCCGUGACUUUAUACGGCAAGGAUUCAUCAGUCAAAGUAUUAGCCUUUCUAGAUGACGGGUCGUCGCUCACUUUGAUAGAGAAGGAAGUUGCGGACCAGCUCGGUAUGGAAGGGGAACUGGAGCCACUUUGUCUACAAUGGACAGGAAACGUAACGAGAAUGGAGUCGGAGUCAAGGGUCAUCCAACUCGGCAUGUCUGGGACGGAUAGUAGCAAGCGUUAUACUCUCGAGUGCGUAUGUACGGUUGAUCGUUUGGAUCUUCCUCCGCAGUCUUUGCAAUUCAAUCAACUGGUUCAACAGUUUCCUUACCUUCGGGGUCUUCCGGUGAAAAGUUAUAACGGAGCCACCCCUCGUAUCCUAAUUGGUUUGGAGAACACGGAGCUACUAGUAACGUUGAAGAAACGAGCAGGUAGACCUCCUGAACCAGUCGCAACGAAAACUAAACUUGGUUGGACAGUAUACGGAACGGUGGAAGGCCUGAACGAACCAUUUGAACACCGUCUUCUGCACAUCUGUUCUGGUUCCAAUGAUCGGGAACUACAUGACGUUGUCAAGGAGUUUUUCUCGAUCGAAAACACUGGUGUAGUGGCUGCGCCAGCGGUAGAAGCAGAAGAUGUCCGGCGGGCACGGGAGAUCAUGCAACGGACCACGGUUCGCACAACUUCCGGAAGGUUUGAGACGGGCUUGCUGUGGCGCUAUGAUUAUAUCGAAUUUCCGAACAGUAGACCGAUGGCAGAGCGGCGUCUUAAGUGCCUAGUGCGAAGACUAGAGAAAACACCUGAACUCUACGAAAACGUCAGGCAGCAGAUUGCUUCUUACGAGUCCAAAGGAUACGCUCAUCGAGCAUCGGCGGAAGAGUUGGCCAAAUUUGACCCUCGAAGAACUUGGUAUCUUCCCCUCGGAGUGGUUAUUAAUUCAAACAAGCCGGGAAAAAUUCGAGUGGUUUGGGAUGCUGCGGCGAAGGUGGAUGGAGUCUCGUAUAACUCUAUGCUUCUGAAGGGACCGGACCUGCUCGCGUCUUUUCCUGCGGUUCUACAGCGUUUUCGUCAACGGUAG